AUGGAGAAUCAACAGCAGACUACAUCUUUGUGUCGCGCGGGCUGUGGCUUCUACGGGUCCUCGGCAACGGAAGGUCUUUGCUCCAAGUGCUUCAAGGACAGCAUAAAGAAGAAGCAGGACACGGGUCGUCUGAGCCCUGCAGGUAUGUUGUUUGGACUUUGUUUCUUGCAUUUUUAGGUAACAGCCUUGUUGAUUUCGAAAUAGUUGUGAAGAUAAAUAUAGUGGUUUGCCUCUGAAAGGUUUUUAUAAACAAUGAGACGCCCAUUGAGAGGAUAUGAAAUUUUUCUGAUGUUAUUCAUGAGGUCUAGUAUAAUGUACGGAAAAUUCUGCGGGAAUUGGCUUAUUUCCGGCCGUUUGAGUUCGCCGAUGUAGAGACCAGUUUGAAUGGUUCCCUGGGGAUGUUUGACAUCAUUUACGACUGCUUUUUGACAUGUAUAAUACCGAGUUUCUAAUUUUAGCGGACAAUGCCAAAUCCGUCGCCGACAAACUCCGAGAAGUGGUGGCUCAAGCUCAAAACGCCGACCUCAGCGCGCAGUUCGAGUCAGCCGUCGCGAAUGCCUCAAAGAUUUCCUCCUCGAUGCCUGAAGCCAGCCUCGGCGGCAGCCCUUCGCUCAAAAUCGAAUCUCCCAGCCUUUCGUCUUCAAGGUGAGUUGAUUCGAUCUCUUGUUGUUUGUCGUCUUUAGAACGUGUUGAAGUGCCUGCUAGCUCAGCGGCAGUCCAAGUUCGGAGUAAAAAUUGCAUUAACCAUGUUGUUUUAGCUCCGCUGCUUCCUUGGUCACACAACUCUCCGAACAAGGUCCCAGCACUUCAGCCCCCGAAGCACCGGUUUCCUCCAAGAAGACCAACCGCUGUCAGGUGUGCAAAAAACGGGUUGGACUUACCGGUGAGUGCUUUCACAAUGUGUUUAUCCGGGUCGGGUGCACUCUGAAGUUCAAUGUUGUUUGAUCAACAAAUUGAUGGCUCUGCUGAUCUGGCGGAUCAGUAAGGCUUUAUUUGGUCCAAUAGAGGGUUUAGAGAGGGAAAUUGAGAGGAUAUUUAAGCUUUUCGAGAUUAAAUUAUAUUACUUUAGAUGUGAUGCAAUUUUUUUUAAAAUUUGGUCGAUAAUCUGAUAAUUACAGGUUUCCCCUGCCGCUGCGGAGGCUUGUAUUGCGGAGAGCAUCGCUACGACUCGGCCCACGACUGCCAGUUCGACUACAAGACGGUGGAGCGCGAGGAGUUGCGCAAAAACAAUCCGGUGGUGGUUUCCGAGAAGAUUCAACGGAUCUAA